CUCGGAUGCCCGCGACACGUGCUUGAGAAUUCUGUGCCGGUAGAUGCUAUUGCGUUUAGGUUAUAUGUUUGUUUUCUCUGAACAAGAAAUUUUAUCAUAGUUAUUGAAGAAUGGAAUGUGUUUUAGAUACAGAAGGGGAUGGUGUCCUUGGACAGUCUCCAAAGAAGAGCAAGAAGAACCAAAAUGUAGCAAUGCAGCAGCAGAAGCAAAGCAUGAAAGUGGCCCCUUCAUCUGUCCCUGGCAUGGUCCUCUCAGCAGAGCACUGGCCACUGCUGCUUAAGAAUUUUGACAAGAUGAAUGUAAGAACAAAUCACUUCACUCCGCUGGAUUCAGGCUGCUGUCCUCUGCGACGGCCCAUCACUGAGUACAUCAAAAGUGGCAUCAUCAAUCUGGAUAAGCCUUCCAACCCUUCCUCCCAUGAGGUUGUUGCCUGGAUCAAGAGAAUCCUCAAAGUUGAGAAGACAGGUCACUCGGGCACACUAGAUCCCAAAGUAACAGGUUGUCUCUUGGUGUGCAUUGAGAGAGCCACGCGGCUCGUCAAGUCUCAACAGACUGCCGGCAAGGAAUACGUCUGCAUCUUCAGACUACACGAGCCUGUUGAAGAAUCAAGAGUUAAGCAGAUGAUCACCAGAUUAUUGGGCGCACAGUUCCAACGCCCGCCUCUUAUAUCUGCCGUCAAGAGACAGCUCCGCAUCAGGAAAAUUAAGUCUAUAUCGCUCAUAGAAUAUGACGCUAAAAACAGCUUAGGCAUCUUCCACACGGCGUGCGAGGCCGGUACAUACGUGCGGACGAUGUGCGUGCACUUAGGCCUCUACCUCGGCGUGGGCGGACACAUGCAGGAGCUGCGGCGCGUGCGCUCAGGCCACCACGGUGAGGAAGAUGGCCUCGUCACCAUGCACGACGUGCUCGACGCUAAGUGGGAGUUUGAUCACAACCAAGACGAGGCGGCAUUGCGUCGCGUCAUCCGACCCCUCGAAAGCCUCCUGACGCAGCACAAGCGCAUCAUCAUGAAGGACUCGGCCAUCAAUGCUAUCUGCUAUGGUGCCAAGAUUAUGCUGCCUGGUGUGCUACGGUACGAUGACGGCAUCGGCAUGAAUGAUGAGAUUGUGUUAGUGACCACCAAGGGCGAGGCCAUCUGUCUAGCCAUCGCCCUCAUGACCACCUCCACCAUGUCCUCAUGUGACCACGGCGUCGUGGCCAAGAUCAAACGGGUUGUUUUGGAGAGAGACACAUACCCAAGAAAGUGGGGACUUGGCCCCAAGGCUUCGAUGAAGAAGACGAUGAUCAGGGAAGGUUUGCUGGACAAACAUGGCCGCCCCAACGACAAGACGCCUCCUGCCUGGAUUAGCGGCUACACGGACUACCGCAGCAAGACCGAGACCGGCCCUGGCAUUGCUCCUGAGUCUGCAGCUCCUACAACUGUCGCUCCGGCUUCUGCAGCGCCUGUCAUCAAAUCUGAACCCUUAGAUCGUGCCGAGAAGAAAAGAAAAAGACACGGCAGUGGCGACAGCGGGGCCGCCGCCUCUGACGUGCCGGCCUCUGAUUCCGAGAAGAAGAAAAAGAAGAAGAAAAAGAAAAGUAAAACCGAAGAAGCGGAGGUGGCCACGGCUGUGGAGGAUGUGGUUAACGAGAACGGCGAAAAAAAGAAGAAAAAGAAGAAGAAGAAAGAAAAGACGGAAGAAUAAAUACUCAUUGAUUAAUAUUCCACAGAAACAAAUAUUUUCAAUCGUGUCCCACUAUUGUUUCCUUUUAUUUUCUUCGUAUUUUUACUAUCAUUUAACUAAUGAAUUAAUAUUGCAGGUUCUUGCUUUCAAACACCAUGAUGCUCUUAUGCGAUUACCUCUAUUGUUGUACAAAACAUUUUCACUUGACUGACAAUCAUUUGUAAUUUGAGCACUCAUGGUUUUUUUUUUCUAAGUCGUUUUAAUGCGUAAAAAUUUUGACUGUUUGGAAAAUUCAGAUGCAAUUUUCAUGCUACUGGGCAAGUACCUAACAUUUGCUUAGUUUAACGGAUGAAUAUUUGUGUACAAAGCACAAGAUUUGUGGUUUUUAAUUGCGGUAUGUGGUACAGAAGUCUGGUAUGUCGGUCUUGUUUCAGCAAGACCGACAUGCGCCGGCGUGGAUGCAUCUUCAUGGUCAUAAAUUAACUGCUUCAAAGCCGUUUUCUACGCUGCAAGACCUAAAAAAUUAUGAGAUACGUUUGUGUUGGUGAUAUGGUUUGAAACACUUAGCUCGCCCUUAGUCGUUCAGCAAAUAUUUUAAGUGAAACUUUGACUGAUUUUUUUUUGCAAAAAAUUCGACCUUUUCAGAAAAAAUUUCUGUUAUGUUUCUCGCUAUGUGAUGUGACAGACCAAGCUACAUCUUAGAAACAUUUUAAAGCAAGUGUACUAACACGAGCCGCAUGUGUUUUGAGAUAACACUUGGUAUUCGGGAACAUAAACCGUCACCAAUGCCAUUUAUAUCUGAAUGUCUGGUGUCGGGAGUUCCGUCAAUAGACGGAGGCUCAAGUAUUGGCUGGAGCUGACAGUAACGGGGGGCCGUGGACGCUGUGCAGGCGAUGCUUGAAUAAGUCUUGCUGUCGCCGGCUUUUUUGUUCAACAAUAAAUGCCAGCGAAGAGA